GGAGCGGGCGGAGGCCUCGUCACCGGUGGGAUCGGCGCCGAUGUGUGGUGCGCACCCGGGAUACCCUUCGCCGCGGAGGCGUCCUCGGUGGACUGCGUGGUGGCGCGGCACCAGACGGUGGGGAGGGGCGGCCGCGGCGCCGAGGGGGAGAGGUCCCACAGAGAGAGGCCGUGCAUGUCCCGGAGGGCGACCGUGCAGGAGCAGAUAUCCUCGCCCUUCAUGGACUCGCCGCCGCCGCACCUCGACGCCCCCUUCUUCGGGGCCGAUCUGAUCCCCUCCGGCCGCCUCCGUCGGAUGCGCGGGUACCGCUACUCCCCCGGAGGCCUCGAGGAAGAGAUAAUGAUGUUUCAGACAAGAGUUUUACUGGGAGGAAUGAACAUGUACGAUCGCUACCAGGAUUGGCGCCUUGAUGUAGAUAACAUGACAUACGAGGAGUUGGUCGAGCUUGGAGACAGAAUUGGAUACGUCAACACAGGGCUACGUGAGGACGAGAUUGCUCGCAGCCUUAGGAAGGCCAAGCACCCAUCCUUCGGUUCCUUGCGAUUCGCAGCAGAAGUGGAAAGGAAAUGCACUAUUUGCCAAGAAGAAUUUCAGUCAAAUGAAGAGAUGGGAAGGCUAGUCUGUGGCCAUAGCUACCAUGUGUUGUGCAUCAAGCAGUGGCUCUCUCAGAAGAACACUUGCCCGGUUUGCAAAACUGCCGUCAGCAAGAAUUGAAAUGCAAACUCCAGGCACGCUGUCUGCAUGCCUAAGGUGAAAUCAAUGUGAAAUUGGCAAAUUAUGUUGUCGUGUACAGCCCGUCAUAUAUAAUAUUAGGGGGUGUUUGGGAGUGAAGUUUUUUCACAGUUUUGGAAGAAUACUGCAGUAUUCUUAAAUACUGCAGUAUUAUAUACAGAAUGGUGUUUGGCAAGCUGGCUAAAAUCUAUGUUUUCAAAACUGUAGUAUUACAAAUACUAUAGUUGUUUUAAGGUAUUCUAAACUUAGGUCUGGACCUCAGUUUUCAAAACUGCGGUAUUGUAAACUGCGGUAUUGUCAUGACUAAAGUAUACUGUAGUAUUUCAAAAA